AUGGCUGAGCUAUCACAUAUCCCGGCAGACCAUCACAGGCCAGGACCACCGUUCACAGAUCUGUCCGGACCUCCCUUACCGCCGCAGGGACGCGCUGGUCUGAAGAGCUCUGUACGGGCUCUGUACCUGGUCCAGCUGCUUUCGACAUGGGCUAUGCGGAUAUCGGACUUCAGCCUGAUCCUUUUCCUCACUGAUGCUAUUCCUGGGACCUUGCUCUACAUCUCUAUUUAUGGCCUCACCAAGGCGCUCGUCGCUGUACUGCUAUCUUCGUGGGUCGCUCAAAGCACACGACGACUCAGUCGGCUGCAGGCCCUCCAGCUGGCCAUUGCAUGCCAGAGGAUUUCCGUGGCAGCCUCAUGCUUUCUCUUCAGCUUAUUCCCUUUGUUCGGUGCGCAUCCGCGCCUCCGAGACAGCCUCUUUGCUGUCUUGACAUGCUUUGGAUGCGUGGAAAAGCUGGCUUCCAUAACGAGCGUCGUCAUCAUUGAACGCGACUGGGUCAUCGUUGUUGCAGAGGCUGGAUCGGUUCCCAGGCAUGGCCUCAAUGCCCAACUGCGGAGGAUUGAGCUUUUUAGCAAACUCCUCCCGCCGCUAAUCAUCUCCUUCUUCAACUCGUGGUCUCCACAGACUGCGAUAUGGGCGGUCUUGUUCACAAAUCUUGGCUCUAUGCUCGUCGAGUUUCGCGUCAUGAGCCAGAUGUGGUCUGAAGUACCCGGGCUGGCUCACUCACCAAGCUCAGCUACCGAUGAGGGGAUCGCGAUUGAACAUGAUUCUCAUCAUGGGUCUGCAGCCUUUAGAUCGUCCUAUGACACUGGUAAAGGCCAGUGGCUUUUCAAUGUCAUUCAGCCCUGGCGGGAGUACGCCGGGUCACCUGCUUUCUUCGCAUCCUUCUCCAACGCAGUUCUCUACUGGACUGUCCUCUUCUUUGGUGGUCAAACCAUAACGUAUCUAUUGACAACAGGCUUUACGCCCUUCGAGGUGGCUUCCCUUCGCGUCGCAUCGACUAUCGCAGAAACACUGGGGACCGUCAUAUCGCCAGCAAUCAUGGCGAAACUGGGGCCGGGUCCAUCCGGUGUCUGCUUCAUGGUCUGGCAGCUUCUUUGCAUAGGCGUUUUCGCUGGCCGGAUCCUAGCUGCUGAUAUGGUAACCAAGGGAUCUGGCAUUCUGUUGGCUAUUGGUAUCACUCUCAAGAGAAUUGGCCUCUGUGGAUCAGACCUUGCAAUACAAUUCAUUGUUCAGGAGACAGUACCUGCCUCAUCCCGGGCGCAAUUCUCCUCGACCGAAAUGGCGUGCCAGAGCCUUUUCGAACUGCUCUCCUACUGCACGACCACGGUAUAUUUCCGAGCCGAGGACUUCAAAUACCCCGUUUUCAUCAGCUAUGGAGGCAUCAUAGCCUCUACCAUUUUCUAUUCUACAUAUGCAUGGCAGACUCGUCGAACUUAUUCAUAUUUGACGCUUGCUCAAGAGUCGUCCUGA